GGGUGGGGGGGAGGAAUUAGUGCAUGUGCUAAGUAACGGAGGAGGUGGACGUAAACAUGCAGUAAGUGACGGUGGCAACCAGGUAGGCUUACUACGCAAGAGCGCUCCCUCCGGACCUCCUCACUGAACUUUACCCGCUGAGCUUUGACGCGAUGGCUGCUGCUGCUGCCGCCGCUGCUGCUGCCACUCUGGGGGAAGUUGGAGGCGUCUUGCACGGCAUCGAUGGUGUCGCACAGGUCGGGUCCCAUUUCCUGCUGACCCCUCUUGGGGACAGUCCGACGCUGCUGGGCGAGCACCUCAUACCCGGAGACAGGCUCUCCCGCAGCACCACGGCGGAUCUAACGCACCUCAAAGGGAUCCUCAGGAGGAGACAGCUGUACUGCAGAACUGGAUUUCACCUGGAAAUACUUCCGGAUGGCACUGUGCAAGGCACAAGGAAGGACCACAGUCGAUUUGGUAUUUUGGAAUUCAUAAGCCUUGCUGUUGGGUUGAUAAGCAUUCGAGGGGUGGACAGCGGACUCUACCUGGGGAUGAACGACAAAGGAGAGCUGUAUGGCUCCGAAAAGCUCACAGCUGAAUGUGUGUUCAGGGAGCAGUUUGAGGAGAACUGGUACAACACAUACUCAUCCAACCUCUACAAACACGGAGACAAAGGGACGCGUUACUUUGUGGCAUUAAAUAAAGACGGGACACCAAGGGAUGGGACUAAAUCCAGGCGGCACCAGAAAUUUACACACUUCUUGCCCAGGCCUGUGGACCCUGACCGUGUGCCAGAGCUCUACAGGGAUAUCCUGGGACACAGCUGAGACCCGGAACCCUGGUCCAGUUCAGGAAUAGCUGCUAAAGCCCUGAAAAGCAGGGAGCAGAGAAGAGAAGAGACGCGAAGAGGGAUGCAGGCAUGGGGAUGAUGUGGCCGGUGCAGGCUGGUGGACAUCAGCCCGAGCAGCAGGGAUAAAGGUACAGUCCGGGGGCCUCUUGUAGGAAUGCACGGGCCAUCUCUCAGCAGCCAGGAAGACAGGCGAGAAUGUCUGCACGCUCGGCAUGAGGGGGUCGUUUGUUUUAGAGGAUAGACGACCCUAAAAAGUACCUGCGUGGAAUAGGAGACGGAUGGGAAGCGGAGCUGGAUGGUUGGGGAGCAUCUCCUCUGGUCAGCUGACGUGGAGUCCGAGGGAAUCAUGAAUGGUACUUUUAAUUUGGUGUCAGAGAGCUAUAGUUUGUUCAGAAGGACUUUGAAGGAAUUCUGUUUUUAUUUCUUACCUGUGUGUAGACCUGUUCGAAAAGAGAAAAAUGUAACAAUUUAUUUAUUCAUUUUAGAUACAUAUAUUUAUGUUAUAUAUUUAUUUAUUUGAGAAUAUAUUUUUACAGUUAUAUACAUGCAAUAUAGAGAAACCACUAGAAACUGUAUCAAUUAUAUAAAGACUGACACACUGUACCAUUAUGUCUUGUAUUCUGAAAAACAAGCUCCGCUAGCAAUAAUAACUGUAAUAUGACAACAAAUAUUGGCAAAAUUUGGGAAUCCCCACAUCUGAAAUGCAUUUAAUCACAAUAUGACAACUGUGAAUCAACUUUUCUUAAAUCCUUGUAAUGUUGACGCAUUAAUUCCAACCAAACUACUGUUACAUGUGUUUCAGGAGGAAUCUGAAGUCAACAAACUGAUGAUACAAACAAUAAAUUGCUCAAAAUGUGAUCAAAAUGCUUUUUUUUGUCAGAGAUGAAAAAUGUAACCAGUUAUUACCAAAGUUACUUCAAAAAAGCCACAUUUUUACUUUGAAGAGAGCAAUGUGGACACUUCAGUGGUUGCUUUUGUCUGUCAGAGUUUAAACAUAUAAACC